CGCUUUCUGUUGGUUUGCCGUCGAGUGGUUCAUGUGUACUUGAGCGCAUACUCAAUGGUCUCCUCGUGGUGGUUGAAUACACGCCUGGAAGAGAUAUGAGAACUCUUGUCGAAACGGGAUUAGUCGAUUCUCAGAUCCCCGCGUUGAUUUCGUCCAAUAAAUCAGACGAUGUGUUCAUCCGAGCACAGGGGGCAAACUCGGAGGUGCCAGGCCACAGAGGCGGGUCUGCAAAGUGCAGACCACACCCCACUUCUCGUCGAGCCUCAGAGGCUCUUGAGAAGAAUGUUGCGUGCUCCAUUCACGUCUCGAUCGAUGACGGUGGAGCACUGGUUGCAGUUGAAUGUCUUGGCUGCCCCAAGGUCUCUCUUGAUGAACCCGCAGUGGGUGCAGGUCUUGCUGGUGUACUCUUCACCGACCACCCUGACAAUGGUGCCAUACUCCUGUGCCUUGCAUUGCACUCUGUCCACGAAUCGACAGUGGGACAGCUGGACCAUGCGCUCUCGGUUGCGCUUGCUGAUGUGUCUGAAGCCAUGGCUGUUGAGCUUCGGGAUGAAGAUGAUGUCGUAGUUGGAACAGAGCCACUUGGCUGCCUUGCGAUGGAGAUCGUCCACCAGGUCUCGGAUCCGCUCGUUCAGCCGGGCAAUGGCCCGUCACAUCAACUUCUUCUUUCUCCGCUGCUUCUUGGUCAACUUGGCCAUCUUGGACUGGACCUUGCCAACACUUCGCUUGAGGUCAUUGAUCUUGGAGUAUCCACUGACAUUGGGACUCCAGGCUGUGACCAGCCCAGAGGGGUCGAAGGUGGUGAUGAAAUCGCGCACACCAGGAUCGACAGAGACAACCCUGAGAUCACCCUGAGGAGCUUGGCUUUCGCUCCUCUUGGGUAGUGGCUCGGCGACGACAAUAUACACCUUGUUGGUGCGUGUCUUGAUCAGACGGGUGUCAUGGGCCAGGGGGAGAGUGAGUUGCUUGCCUCGCUCGACUCGGCCCUCGGUAUUGAGCUUGAAUGGAUUUAGUCUGUUCCAGAAGCUGUCACCCUUGACGAUCUUGCCCCAGUGCUUCUUGCGCAGGA